AUGGACUACCGACAAGUCACGCCGCCUCUGUCUGCGGACUUUGAGGAUUACGUCAACUUCCAAUGCCCUGGUGGCAGUGCAAGCACUAAUGCGUCCUUUUGGCCGAACGACUGGUCUCCGGAGUCGGUCAUGACGGCCGGCACUCACAUUACCACACCUCCAAAGUCGCCAGCUAGGAUCCGAGAGAUCGGACCUACCCUUCUUCCAAGAGUGCGUCCUCAGGACCAGAGUGUGCAGACGGCUCCUACGCAAGCAUUCCAUGGCCAUAGCAGGACUACUUCGCUUCCUGCCGAUGCCUACCACAUGCAAUUCGGCAGCUAUCUUCCACCAGUCCCGUCUUUGGAAAGGCGUUCUGCUAGUCCUGCUCCACGCAACCCGCUGCCUACUCCUGGCUCAGCGUCCUUGACUUAUGAUCACAUGAUGAACGACACCGCUUCACGCCGCCCCUCCCUUGCCGGCAACAGAUCGGUGUCUGCCACCAAUAUCCGCUCGCACUCGCGCAAUAGCUCGUCCACCAGCAUCGAUGCCAGCGUUCUUGGCCGGUUUGGUUUCCCGACGUACCGCCACAGCCCAAGUCCGGGGCCCAUGCCAGCCAACAGCGCAGCAAUGUCCCGGACGCCGAGCGCCAUGAGCCACCUUGUGCCAAUCAUGAUGCCCAACGGCCAUGUGCAGUCUUACCCUGCCAGGCGACGAACGGCCAGUCCUCCGGCUAAUCCCUCCAGGCUGUCUGUGGAAGUCGAGUUCGAUCCUCAGCUUGACCUGGAAGAGUCGUCCAUCAUCGACUACUUGACGGCGCCGAACCCAACCCCAUCGCUGGUUCAGAGGACCGUAGAAGCAAACCGCCCCUCAUGCCCUCAUGUGUGGUUCGACGUACGCAAUGUCACUUCCUGGUCUGACUUCAAUAUCUCCACGCUCUCAGCUGUUCCCGGCCUUCUAGAUCUCCUGCAGGUCAAGGUCGCUGUUCGCAACCUGCCUGGGCCGCCCAAAGUCAACCUCAACCCAGAGACCGCGACCCAGCUGGCGGAUAUGUGCGCCAAACACCAUGCCGUCAAGGUCAACGCAGCCUUGAAGCUCGCUCUGGGAGAGAAGCACAUGGCCAUGCGCGCUUUGCAAUCCGCCGGCAGCGCCCGCCAACAGCCCGAGUUCGUCUCCAACUACCAGUCCGACGUCGAAAAAACCAUCUACGGCGACGGCCGCGGCAGAGUCGUUGGUGUAGCCAAGUGCUACGACCAAUGGAACUCAGGCUUCCGCAACGGCACCCCUGAGAACAAAGUCCAGUAUCUCCGCGGCCUCGCGCACCUCCACCACUUCAUGCGCGAGCACGGCUGUCGAUACGGCUUCAUCAUGACCGAGAUAGAGCUCGUCUGCGUCCGUGCUGGCGGUCCAUCAGCUGACCCUGCAGCCGUCCCACUGUUUGGCUUCCUCGAAGUCGCAGACCCAGUUCGCAUCUCCGACUCCGGCAUGAACGAGAACGGAAACCUGCGCAUGACCGCUGGGCUAGCGCUCUGGUACUUGCACAUGCUGGCUAAGGAGCGACCAUUCGAUGGUCAGCUGCACUGGAAGAUGGAGGUUGGUGGGCCCACGGCGCUGACGAGACAGCAUCAUCUUGCGAGAGACUCGUGGAUGCCUAAGCCGAAUGUGAGCGAGAAGAGGACGAUGAAGAGGGUGAGAGGGUGGGUGUUCCCGGAGGAGCCGUUGAGUAAUAGGGAGGUGGGAAGGGGGAGGAGGAAUCGGGUCGGUUGA